AUGCAGCCCUCUGAUAGUGUCAUGAACCUGAGACAAGUCUUUGUGACUGUAUUGAUGUUUGGAGUAGCAGGUCUACUCCUCUUCAUGUACCUGCAGGCCUGGAUUGAAGAACAUCCUACAGCGUCUGGAGAAAAAUUACAACAGCAGAUAAUUAAUCAGGAUUCCAAGCUCCCGCACCCAGAGGAGCUUGCCACAGCACCAAAAAAUCAGAGUGCUGCUGCUAACCACAACAAGCGACAGACAACUGUAAUCAUGGGCAGACAUUCACAGGAGAAAGCCAGUCCUCUUGGUGAGAUAGCCAGCUCCUUGGUGAGCCGAUUAUCUGAACAGCAGAAGAUGACUAAAGCCUUUCUAAAACAACAAGUGAAUUUAUCACCAGUGAUGCGCCCUUUAAAUAAAAGUUUAAUCAAAGAUGACAGAUGGAAAAACAUAGAUGAAGCUCAAGAAAAACGCAGAUAUUUUCUUUAUGACUUCUGUAAAAAAUACAAUGGUGAGAACCAGCUCAGAACCCAUCUAGUGCGUAUGGUAUCCAGAAUAUACGUGGAGGAUAGACACAAAAUCUUAUACUGUGAAGUGCCUAAAGCAGGCUGUUCCAACUGGAAAAGGAUUCUGAUGGUGCUCAAUGGACUUGCCUCUUCGGCAUACAGUAUUAGCCAUGAUGCCGUGCACUACGGAAAGCAUCUAAAGAAAUUGGACAGUUAUGACUUAAAAGGGAUACAGACACGUUUAAAUACCUACACCAAGACCAUAUUUGUACGUGACCCCAUGGAAAGAUUGGUGUCUGCAUUCAGGGAUAAAUUUGAACAUCCAAACAGCUACUACCACCCAGUGUUUGGAAAGGCAAUUAUUAAGAAAUAUAGACUUAAUGCACAUGAAGAGGCACUGAAAACCGGAUCAGGCGUGAAGUUCAAAGAAUUUGUCCGGUAUUUGUUAGAUUCCCAGCGCCCAGUAGGAAUGGAUAUACACUGGGAGCAGAUUAGUAGACUCUGCUAUCCCUGCCUCAUCAACUAUGAUUUCAUAGGAAAAUUCGAAACUCUAGAGGAAGAUGCCAAUUACUUUUUGCAAUUGAUAGGUGCUCCAGCAGAGCUGAAGUUUCCUAAUUUCAAAGACAGACAUUCCUCCGAUGAAAGAACAAAUAUGGAAGUAGUGAGACAGUACUUAAAGGAGCUGUCAGAUACAGAGAGACAGCUGACCUAUGAUUUUUAUUACUUGGAUUAUUUAAUGUUUAAUUAUACAAUGCCUAUUGUAUAGCUCUGAAUGAUUUUAAAAUUCUAUCAGACAUUUAACGAUUUUGGCCUCAAACCAGCAACUGUAAUAUUACCAUACAGCUCUGAGUGGAAGAAAUAUAACUGCUAAGUGUAACUGUCUUGACUUAGUUGAGAUUUUAUAAAUGAAAGUGACACCAAUUGACACAAAAUUAUAGGAGCAACGCACAAAAGAGAUCUAUAAACUAUCUAAUUUGCACUAAAAGGUCUAAAAAAGGCUGCUUUUGAGUAUGGAUUAUAUUGUGGAAGCAGUAAUCCAGCCAGCUGUUUCAUUAGCUCAGCGAAUGUUCUUGUAAUGGUUGAAAAACAUUCAAAAUAGCAUGGAUUUGUGUGUGUGUGUGUCUAUAUAGGAAUAAUGUGUCGAGUGUUUUGAAUGUAUAUUUUUUGCUGUCUGUGGCAUAUUAAUAAAAAUCA